GUUCUAUCAAUCAAUCAGGAAGUUCAUUUUAAAGGUGAGAAGCUCACAUCCAUCUCCAUAGAACUGAUAGAAGGAAAUAUCAGAGUCAUCUUAUCUUGACUACUCACUAGAAGCUCACUGAGAAGAUAUUGCUUCAUCUGGUAAAAAAAUGGAGAACAGUAAUAAUUUGAAAAGGAAGCACGUUGUACACACUAGUGAAAGCAGUGAAAAUCAUAUCAUCAAUGAUCCAUCUUGGUUGCAAAGUUCUGAUGACAUUCAAACUUCUCAACAUCAUGCACAUCACCAUCCUCUUGGAUGGAUUGGAAAAGCAGAAAAAUGCUUCAAGAAACAAAUAAGUGCAAAAACUAUUGAACUUGAAAAGAAUAUGGAUAUGCAACAAAAUCUUGAAGUUGAGCUUCAACAACUCAAAACAUCACUAAACGUGUUGAAGAACUUUGAAGAUGAUGAUGAGGAGGAGGUAGACUUAGAGUCUUUCAACAAAGUUAACGCUUUGGAGAAUGAACUGACAGAAAAAGAAGUGUUGAUUGAAGAACUUGAAGCUUUGAAUCAAGUUUUAAUGACUAAAGAGCGUGACAUGAAUGAUGAGUUGCAAAAUGCGCGGAAAACUUUAAUCAAUGGCAUUGAGGAGUUAUCUGUUCCAACUAAUAUUGCUGUGAAGAGAAUGGGAGAACUUGACAGCGAGCCGUUCCUUGAAGCGAUGAAGAAGAAAUACAAAGAGGAGGAAGCUGAAGUGAGGGCUGCGAACUUGUGUUCAUUGUGGGAAUUCUAUAUGAAAGAUGCAGAAUGGUAUCCAUUCAAAUUAGUCACUGUUGAUGGCAAAGAAAGGGAAGUUAUUGAUGAUGCGGAUAAAAAGCUAAAUGGGCUUAAGAGAAGCGUUGGUAAAGCGGCAUAUAACGCGGUGGUGGCAGCUCUAACAGAGUUAAAUGAAUACAACUCUAGUGGGCGAUAUGUAACCUCAGAAUUAUGGAACAAUGAUGAGGACAGAAGAGCAACUCUGCAAGAAGGAAUACAAUGUCUGUUAGACAACUCAUCAAACAAAUGCGAGAAGGGAAAAGAAACAAUGGGAAGGAAGGGAGAUUGAUGAUUAAGAAGAAGAAGAAAAUCAAGAAAGUGCUUAGUUAAGGAAGAAUUUCUUUUGCAUCCUAGUCGUGGGUAAUUUGUUGCUGGUUAGACCUUUUGUUUAUGUAGAUAGCUUAAGGAAUUUGUGCUAUCCUUGAAUUAGUUAACUUAACUAGACAAUUGGGAGAAUCCAACUGCAAAAAUAUUAUCAGCUUUUGUAAUAUCUAUCUCUAGCGAGGGACAAUCAGACUGAUGUUAAAAGCUUUUGUAUAAUCUAUCUCUUGCUGACAAAAUUAUAACUAAAAUUAAUUUACAUGUCUAUUUCUUAGCAAUGAGCAUUUUGUUACAAGUGUAUUUUUUUCUCCAUCCAUUGCUUCACGCCAAGACUUUCAUCCAUUUCAAAGUAGAUGCUGAAAUAUUUUGCCUCUAUUAUUGGCAUAUUUUCCAUUGAAUUAGCACUUAGGGACCUGAAUUGAGCCCUAAAAUAUGUUCCUCACAUGUAGUACAGC